AUGGCUUGGAUGACUUACAUUUCAAAUUGGUUUGAGCAAGAUGAUUGGUAUGAAGGACUCCAAAGAGCAAGCAUGUCCCAGGUAAGGCAAGUUGGACUACUGGCUGCCGGAUGUCAGCCCUGGAACAAAGAUGUAUGUGCAGCCAGUGGAGACAGAUUUGCAUAUUGUGCUACGCUGGCCAUCUAUAUUUAUCAGUUGGAUCACCAUUAUAAUGAAUUCAAACUUCACUCAAUUAUGUCUGAACAUAAAAAAACCAUCACAGCUCUCUCUUGGUGUCCACAUAACCCUGAUCUGUUUGCAAGUGGCAGUACCGAUAAUUUAGUGAUUAUUUGGAAUGUUGCAGAACAAAAAGUCAUUGCUAAACUCGACAACACAAAAGGUAUGCCUGCAUCUCUUAGCUGGUGCUGGAAUGCAGAAGAUACUGUGGCAUUUGCUUCCCACAGAGGCCCACUGUUCAUUUGGACCAUCUCAGGACCAGAUAGUGGAGUGACUGUGCACAAAGAUGCUCAUAGCUUCUUAUCUGAUAUCUGCAUGUUCAGAUGGCAUCCCCAGAAAAAGGGCAAAGUUGCAUUUGGUCAUAUUGAUGGAAGUCUAUCAGUUUUUCAACCAGGUAAUAAAAAUCAGAAACAUGUUCUGAGACCUGAAUCUCUUGAAGGGACUGAUGAAGAGGAUCCAGUGACAGCCCUGGAAUGGGACCCACUAUCUACUGAAUAUCUUCUUGUGGCUAAUUUGCAUUAUGGGAUUCGCCUAAUAGAUUCUGAAUCACUUUAUUGCAUAACAACAUUUAGUUUUCCCAGUUCAGCAGCUUCUGUACAAUGCUUGGCCUGGGUCCAUAGUGCUCCUGGGAUGUUUGUAACUGGAGAUUCUCAAGUGGGUGUUUUACGCAUUUGGAAUGUUUCAAGAACAAUGCCUAUUGAUAAUUUUAAGUUAAAGAAAACAGGAUUUCACUGUUUGCAUGUCCUUAAUUCUCCUCCAAGAAAAAAAUUUUCAAUCCAGUCUCCAACCAAAAACCACUAUACAUCUUCAACAAGUGAAGCAGUUCCACCCCCAACUUUAACACAGAAUCAAGCAUUUUCCCUUCCUCCGGGUCAUGCAGUGUGCUGCUUUUUGGAUGGUGGAGUUGGACUUUAUGAUAUAGGAGCCAAAAAGUGGGAUUUUCUUAGGGACUUGGGACAUGUGGAAACUAUCUUUGAUUGUAAAUUCAAGCCUGAUGAUCCCAAUAUUUUGGCAACAGCUUCAUUUGAUGGCACCAUAAAAGUCUGGGAUAUAAACACAUUGACAGCAUUGCACACUUCCCCGGGUAAUGAAGGGGUUAUUUACUCCAUUUCAUGGGCUCCAGGUGAUUUAAAUUGUAUUGCUGGAUCAACUUCCCGAAAUGGCGCUUUUAUCUGGGAUGUGAAAAAAGGCAAAAUAGUACAACGAUUUAAUGAGCAUGGAAAGAAUGGGAUAUUCUGCAUUGCCUGGAGUCAUAAAGAUUCAAAAAGAAUAGCAAGCUGCAGUGGUGAUGGUUUCUGUGUUAUUCGAACCAUUGAUGGCAAAGUGCUACACAAGUACAAACAUCCAGCUGCUGUGUUUGGAUGUGAUUGGAGUCAAAACAACAAAGACAUGAUAGCCACUGGCUGUGAAGACAAAAAUGUUCGUGUCUAUUAUGUAGCCACCAGCUCUGAUCAGCCUCUGAAGGUUUUUAGUGGACAUACAGCAAAAGUGUUCCAUGUUAGAUGGUCUCCCCUAAGGGAAGGAAUCCUUUGCAGUGGUUCUGAUGAUGGUUCUGUUCGAAUCUGGGAUUAUACUCAAGAUGCUUGUAUCAAUGUUCUCAUUGGACACACUGCACCAGUGAGGGGACUAAUGUGGAAUACAGAGAUUCCAUACUUACUAAUAUCUGGCAGUUGGGACUACACUAUAAAAGUAUGGGACACUCGAGAAGGAACCUGUUUGGAUACUGUGUACGAUCAUGGUGCAGAUGUAUAUGGCUUGACGUGCCAUCCCAGUCGCCCCUUCACCAUGGCCUCUUGCUCCCGUGACUCUACCGUGAGACUGUGGUCAUUAGCAUCUUUAAUCACACCUUUGCAAAUAAAUAUUCUUGCUGACAGAUCUUGGGAAGAAAUUAUCGGCAAUACAGAUUAUGCUAUAGAACAAGGAACCCCGCCUCUGUUGUGUGGCAAAGUGUCAAGAGAUAUUAAGCAAGAAAUAGAGAAGCUAACUGGUAACCCUCGAGUGAAAAAACUAAGGUGGUUUUCAGAAUGUUUAUCACCUCCAGGUGGCAGUGACAAUUUGUGGAACUUAGUUGCUGUGAUAAAAGGGCAAGAUGAUAGCUUACUUCCUCAGAACUACUCUAAAGGAAUAAUGCACCUGAAACAUCUGAUUAAAUUUAGAACGUCUGAAGCCCAAGAACUGACAACAGUCAAAAUGUCUAAAUUUGGUGGUGGUAUUGGUGUGCCUACUAAAGAAGAAAGACUGAAGGAAGCUGCUGAAAUACAUCUGCGACUGGGACAAAUUCAGAGAUACUGUGAACUGAUGGUUGAACUUGGAGAGUGGGACAAAGCUUUGUCGAUUGCACCAGGUGUCUCUGUGAAAUACUGGAAGAAAUUAAUGCAAAGGAGAGCUGAUCAGUUGAUCCAAGAAGAUAAGGAUGAUGUCAUUCCAUACUGCAUAGCCAUUGGUGAUGUGAGAAAGCUACUAAAUUUUUUUAUGUCAAGAGGUCAGCUUAAAGAAGCUCUACUUGUGGCACAGGCUGCUCGUGAGGGAAAUAUGCAAAUCUUACAUGUUUCCACACCUGGAAGCUCUUCACAUUCUGAUGAUGUCUACAAUGAAGACUUUAAUGAACUCCUGCACAAAGUCAGUAAAGAACUAGCAGAAUGGUAUUUUCAAGAUGGUCGAGCAGUUCUAGCCGCAUGUUGUCACCUAGCUGUCGAUAACAUUGAGCUCGCUAUGUCAUACCUGAUUCGUGGAAAUGAACUGGAGUUGGCAGUGUGUGUGGGCACAGUGCUAGGUGAUUCCGCCUCACCAGCGACUCAUUAUGCCCUGGAAUUACUGUCAAGAAAAUGUAUGAUGAUCCCAAUGUGCUUUCCAUCUGUUGGAUACAGGAAUCUUGCAGCUGAUCUUCUCCUGAUGACUCCUGAGAAUGAAAUACAGUUAGUAAAACUCUGUGCUUUCUACCCAGGGUGUACUGAAGAAAUAAAUGAACUACAUGAGAAGUGCAAGCUUCCCACAGUUGAAGAAUGUAUGAAGUUAGCAGAGGCAGCCCAAGCAGAAGGCAAUAUAUUUGAAAGUAUAAAGUAUUAUUUAUUAAGUCAAGAACCUGAAAAAGCUCUUCCUAUUGGUAUUGGCUUUAUCAAAGAAUGCAUCAAUAGUUCAAACUGGGCUUUGGAUACCAUUUAUCCUGUUCUUGAUCUACUGAGUUAUAUUCGAACUGAAAAAUUACUCUUACAUACAUGUACUGAAGCCCGAAAUGAAUUACUCAUAUUGUGUGGCUAUAUUGGUGCGUUAUUGGCUAUCGGAAGAGAGUACCAAAGUAUUGUUCCAGCGCUUUAUGAAUAUACAAGUCAGCUGUUGAAACGUCGUGAGGUGACAGUGCCAUUAAAAAUUGAACAUCUUUCUGUGGAACUAGAUGCAUGGAGAGCUUGUACUCAGUAUACUUGUGGCUCAUCAGAGGAAUCUCCAUAUACGCUCCCAUCUGAUUCACAGAGAACAGUAUAUAAGACUUUGCUAAAGAGACUCAAAGAAGAACCACUCAGAGGGAUUAUUGGACCAGACUAUGUCACUGGAUCAAAUCUUCCAAGUCACUCUGAUAUUCACAUCUCUUGUCUUACAGGAUUAAAAAUUCAGGGCCCUGUAUUUUUCCUUGAAGAUGGAAAAUCUGCUAUCUCAUUGAAUGAUGCUCUGAUGUGGGCAAAGGUGAAUCCAUUCUCACCUUUAGGUACUGGAAUACGACUCAAUCCUUUUUAAUAGGUUUUUCUCCAGGCUUAACUUUUUUUUUUCCCCCUCAGGAGUACUUUUAAGUGUUAGUGUUACCCUAACCUUUGUUGUCCAAGAGUAAACGACUGGGAGGCAGAGGGUGGGAGGAGGGAAAUGUAGUUGACUUUAU